GGGCGACUGAAGUCAGUUGAUGUCAGUGAUGAUGAUAAUAAGAACCCUAAACCCUAAAUCCCUAUUUCAAUUUCACCAUUCUUCUCUUCCGAUUCAAUCAAAAUCUCUCAAUUCUAUACCUAACUAUGAUCGCCACAGCAAUCCGCCAUUUUGUAUCUCCACCAAUUCUCAAACAUUUUUCCUCCCUCUGCAGAUGCAAUCUGCUCUCUCUCGCGCGCCAUUUCUCGACAUCAAGGAGAAAUCAAUCCGCAAUUCGCUCCACAGUCUACGAUUUCCUGGUGAACAAGCACCAUUUCUCUCCUGAAUCGGCUUCCAAAAUCGCCUCCGGCGUGGCCCGCCUGAGAAGCGUCGAACAUUCCGAUUCAGUGGUGGUCUUCCUCAAGGAGAGCGGAUUUUCCACUCCUCAGUUAGAGAAAACCAUCAAACGCCGCCCGCAGGUGCUCUCCGCGAAUCUCGACAGGUACAUUAAGCCUAAAAUCAAAGUUUUCCAGGAAUUAGGAAUUUCCGCUUCCGAUAUUGCCGAGAUAAUCUCGAACGAUCCUCUGAUUUUCAAACAUAGCGUCGAAAACAGGAUCCUACCUAAUUUAUUUUCGCUCAAGAGUAUGUUUGGAUCUAACGAUCUCGCGAAAAUCAUCAAAGCAUUCCGUGGUUAUUUCAAAUUGAAUUUGAGCAGCACAUUGCUUCCAAACGUGAAUCUCCUGAAAACUUGUGGCGUAUCUAUGGAUCAGAUCUUUAAAAUGAUGAAUGCAUUUCCUAGAUUUUUAACUUGCCCUCACAAGGAUAUGAAGAAAUUCGUGGACGAGAUUGAUAAGUUAGGGGUCAGUAGGCGUUCGAAAAUGUUCAUUUAUGCCGUUAGAGUUCGCAGCGGAUUAUCGGACAAGACAUGGAAGCUCAAGCUGAGGAUUCUACGGGAGAUCGGAUUUUCCAAUGAAGACAUUGCCGGAGCUCUUCAGAAAUCUCCGUCGGUGUUCGGUUAUUCGGAGGAGAGGAUAAAGGAGGCGAAGAAGGUUCUGUUGCGGAAUGGGAAGUAUGAUUGGUCGUGCAUUGUAGCGCACCCGGUGUCGCUUGUGUAUAGCCUAGAGAAGAGGCAUAAGCCGCGGCUACGGGUGCUGGAGUUGUUGGAGGGUAAGAAAUUGAUUCAAGGAUGGCCUUCGUUUUCGAUAUUCUACAGGAUGUCGAAUCUCAGGUUCUAUGAGAAGUAUGUUGCGCCGUUUCCGGAAGAAGUUCGAGAAAUUUAUGGGGGGAAUCGAUGUGAAAUUAGCCGUAAAAUGAAUGCUGUGCUUAGUAUUUGCGACGAAUUAAGCUGAAAAUUCUGCUUUCUUUUGUUUUUUUGAAAAGAGUUCUUAACGUUUAGUUUGUUUUACAGCUGACUAUAACUUUAGAAAGGUAUUACGCCCCAUGGAUCGAAUCGUUUUGCUCUUCUUCAAGCAGGAAGCUACGAAGAAAUCUGUAAGUAGCUUUUAGUUCAUGAUGUUCCAGAGCUUAGUUAGUUUUGGUUUGGGCUUUUGAUUUGAAUAAAGUUUGGUUCGAUGUUUUGUGAGAGAAAAAAAUGUAUAUAUUUUUCGAAAAUCUAAUGACGAUAUUUUAAACUAUUGAUGAUGUUCGUUCAUUUUAAGCGUUGUGUGGCUUUCGGAUCAGCGACAUUUAGGAAAUGCCGUAUCGUAUUGCUGCAUAACUCGGAUUCGAAUAGAGGUUCUUCGAUAAAACGGCUUUUGCAAUUGCUUGAGCCGGAAGCUAAGAAUUUGAGUCGAUUCUGACCGGGGUUAUCGACGCUCAAUGAGAUGUCGGAGUAGGGUUCUUUGAGAGAUCAUCAUACCAAGUAAGAGGACAUGAGAUUCCAGCUAAUUUUCAUAUGAGAAGGCAUCGACGCCACAAAACGGAGGAUAUCCGCUUUCUUCGAGUCGGGAUGGGGAUCCGAACAACGAUAGCUGCUGCUAACCGUUUCUCGUUUGUAGAGGUCGAUGAACUUGGCAACGUUGGGUAACACCAUCUCCCGGCAAUGCAAAUGCAGGAGAGGAACUUUCGACAACACGCUGCCUUUCUGAACAUCCAAACCCUCGGGUCUCCGCAGCCUGUAGGGCUCUCCGGACGUUGGCUCGACGUCGAUUCUCGGCAUUUGCUUCCACUUCUGGUGGACGAACCACCCGUAUUUGUAGUCGCCGACGAUCGGAGUUCCAAGAGCUUCGGCACAAUGUACGCGAAGCUGAGUAGAGAAUAAGUCAGAGAUAGACGUAAUUUGUUGAUCGAUAAAUCGAUUAUGAACCAACCUGGUGUUUUCGACCGGUGUGCGGUUGUAGCUCGACCCACGAACAACCGUUGAUCGUCGGGCCGAGCAAUCGAUAUUCCGUAACCGCUUCUUGGGAAGCUUCUAAGCCUGAGUUAGAAGCUAGAGUAACUCUUUCAGUCUUCCCAUCAUCAAGAAGGACCUUUGUGAGGCGGGUGCGAAUUACGCCGUCUUUCUGCUUCGGUGAGCCGAUGACCAAUGCCCAAUACUUCUGAUACAUUGCGUCGCAAGCGUUGCGCCAAUCCUUAAUCGAUUAUAGAAUAAGGUUCGAAAACAUUAGAAACGGCAAGAGUCGAUUCUGUUAGUUCGAUUCGAAGUACCGUAGAUGGGAUCUUCGACUUCUUCCCGUCACUGAACAGCCACUGGAGAUGAGUAAUGCUUUCACUCGUUCUUCCCAUUAGAAGAAGACCGCUACUCUCUCUGUCGAUCCGGUGCACCUACAAGAGUAGGUGUCUCGAGAUUUCUAAUAGAUGUCGAAAUUGUAUAAAUUAGGUGAGUAAAGUGUUGAGAUUUCUUACCAACUUUGGACCCUCGUUGUAAUUGUAUGAUAACGCUGCCGCUGCCAAGGCAUCCAUGCUGUUGUGGAUCGACAAGUUGCCCUAGAUCACAACUUUGUCGGGUAGUUAAAGGGAAUAGGCGAAAAGGAUAGUGUUUUUUGAAA